AACUCAAAAUAGUUGCGCAAAAUAUAAAAUCGGAACGCAAACGCAGCUCUUCAUUUUUUCCCCUAAACUUUUUCUGUAAGAAAUCUCUCGCCCUAAUACACCUCUCUCCGUCUCUGGCCGUCACAAAUCUCUCUCGCCGCCGCCGCCGCCUCUGCCUAUUUGACCCGUAUGGCUGGAAAGCUUAUUGCCAAUCUUAUUGUAAUCGGCUCUACUUAUCUAGCUCGCGGUCUCAUUGAAGGUUAUCGCAAAGCCCUAGCAAAUGCCAAACAGUCUGGUGUUGCUCAUGAAACAUUGCAGAAAGUCCGUAAUGGAAGCAAAGCCAUGACGGAGCAGGAAGCAAGGCAAAUUCUUGGUGUAUCUGCAGAGUCCUCUUGGGAGGACGUUUUGCAGAAAUACAAUACGUUAUUUGAAAACAAUGCCAAAGUUGGGAGCUUCUAUCUUCAGUCGAAAGUUCACAGGGCCAAGGAAAGUUUAGAAAUGGUUUAUGGUCGCAAAGACCAAGAGACUGCAGGCUGAGAAUAAUCAUACCGGGUUAUGCUUCGUCAUAAGUUUGCUGUUUUAGUCAUGUAUUACUUUAAUGUAUAGUUAUAAUCCGAGAGAUGUCCUGAUAAAUUAAUUAUCUAGGUGUAAGAAGUGCUUCUAUUAACUUCUCUGCACGAGUUUUGGUAUUUACCGGUCAUGUUGUAGUUGUGAACCAGUUAUUUCAAAAUUUAUUAAAGGUGGCUAUUCUUCCA